UUCGCCCUUUCGCGCAAUGGCGAGGAUUGUCCCUAGGGGCUCGCCGUCCGCCGUUGCUAGGGAGGGCGGAAGACGCGCCCUUAGCGACGGGCCUCUUCCUCCCGCUCCGCGAGGCCCGAUGGCGGCCGCCUCUUCCAGCCCCACCGUUUUCCUCCUCAUGGUCAGUGGGCAGAUCGAGAGCGCGCAGUUUCCGGAAUUUGACGACCUCUACUGCAAGUACUGCUUCGUCUAUGGCUCCGACUGGGCUCCGACUUCGGGUCUGGAAGAAGGCAUCUCGCAGAUCACGUCCAAGAACCGAAAUGCCCAGCAAGACCUGGUGUGGAACUUCCCCAUCAACAUCACCUUCAAAAGCACCAACCCCUUUGGCUGGCCACAGAUAGUCAUCAGUGUGUACGGCCCUGAUCUUUUUGGGAAUGAUGUGGUUCGGGGAUACGGAGCUGUUCACAUCCCUUUUACGCCGGGCAGGCACGAGAGGGUCCUCCCCAUGUUCGUUCCAGAAUCAACCUCCAGACUGCAAAAGUUAACAAGCUGGCUGACAGGCAGGUAUCCAGAAUUCACCGACCCCAAGGUGGUGGCUCAGGGUGAAGGCCGUGAAGUGACCAGAGUCCGCUCGCAAGGUUUUGUCACUCUUUCCUUCAAUGUGGUGACCAAGGACAUGAAGAAGUUAGGCUACGACGUGAGCUCGCCAAGCCUCGCCAGCUCCUCGCUGACCUCGGCGAUGGACGGACUGCAUAAGUUCUAAACUUGCAAUUUGGGGUUGAUGCUGUCCUGCAAGACACAGCUCCAAACAGAGCUGAUCAAAGACAUCAGAUAAAAAUGUUGUCCCAGUCAAGGAAGGGGAAUCCAGACCAGACCAGACCACUGCAGCGGUAUAGAAAUCACAGUGCCUGAAGGGUCUGUAAAGAGAGAGUGUCUGCUGGGCCAGCUAUUGCGAUGAUCAGCCACGUGCAGGAUGUCAUCGUCCUUCGAGAUGGGCAGCGUGCUCUGCUUUUAGGGGCGUUUCCUGUUUGUGACAGAAGCAUCCCUGACUUUCUGCUACAAGCUAAGUUGAAGCUAUUUCAGCUUGUGCAUUCACACGCUCUUUCACACCACCACAUCCAGAUACAAUCCCUGUUCAUCUGGAGGGGUUGGGUGGGAAAUGAGACUUUCCAAUGACACCACUUUACUACUUGUCCCAUUUUAGCCCUACAACAUGGCAAGCUAAAGUUUGCAUUGAAAGCACGUGUGUCUGCGGGCACGUAAGUAGGAAGGAGCAAGAAGAAAUGAGUUUUAAAAUACGCAAAUUAUUUCUAAUUCCAGAAUGGCAAGGAGGAUUUAAAGCAAAACAAUGAUUUAAUU